AUGGCACCAGGAAUUGCAGACACUGUCAAGGAGGCCAUUACCGGCUCACCUGUCGAAAACGCCAAAGCCGCAGCCAUGAGUGACAAUAUGAAGAACUACAUGGACUCGAACAACAGAAUCACAACGGAUUAUGGCGUCAAGCAGACCAACACCGACGAUUGGCUUAGAGUUGCAUCCGCCGACAAGACUGGCCCUGCACUGCUUGAAGAUCACGCUGGCCGUGAGAAGAUUCACCGUUUUGACCACGAGCGUCGUGUUGUUCACGCCAGAGGCGCUGGCGCCUUUGGUACCUUUAGGCUGUUUGAAAGUGCCUCGGACGUCACUUCUGCUGGUGUUCUGACCGACACCUCGCGUACAACUCCUGUAUUCCUCCGCUUUUCUACCGUCCUGGGAAGCAGAGGCAGUGCGGAUACCGUCAGAGAUGUUCGUGGCUUCGCCGUGAAGUUCUAUACCGAGGAGGGUAACUGGGAUAUUGUCGGCAACGACAUUCCAGUCUUCUUCAUUCAGGAUGCUCUCAAGUUCCCCGAUGUAAUCCACUCUGGCAAGCCCGAGCCUCACAACGAAAUCCCUCAAGCACAAACCGCUCACAACAACUUCUGGGAUUUCCAAUACCUUCAUUCUGAGGCAACCCACAUGUUCAUGUGGGCCAUGUCUGAUAGAGGCAUUCCUCGUUCAUACCGAAUGAUGCAAGGUUUCGGUGUAAACACCUACAAGUUGCUCAACUCCAAGGGAGAGUCUCACCUUGUCAAAUUCCAUUUCACACCUCAUCUUGGUGUGCACAGUUUCGUUUGGGACGAGGCCUUGAAACUGGCUGGUCAAGAUCCCGAUUUCCACCGCAAGGAUCUUUGGACCGCAAUCGAGGGUGGCCAGUACCCCAAGUGGGACUUUGGUAUUCAAACCAUUCCUGAAAGCCAGGCGGACGAUUUCGAUUUCGACCCUCUGGAUGCUACCAAGAUUUGGCCCGAAGAAGAUUUCCCUGUCAGAUACAUUGGAGAACUCGAACUCAAUCGCAACGUACCNCCGAUGAGUACUUCCCUCAGACUGAGCAAGNUUGCCUUCUGUACCGGCCACGUCGUACCUGGAAUUGGCUUCUCAGAUGAUCCUUUGUUGCAAGGCCGCAACUUCUCCUACUCGGAUACCCAACUCACCCGUCUUGGUGUCAACUGGCAGGAGCUGCCCAUCAACAAGCCCAUGUGCCCUGUCAUGAACCAAAACCGAGAUGGAGCUAUGCGCCACAGCAUCACCAAGGGAACCGUAAACUACUGGCCAAACCGCUUCGAAGCUACCAAGCCUGCCACUGCCGAGGAAGGUGGUUACGUGGACUUCCCACAAAAGGUUGCCGGCAUGAAGACUCGUCUGCGCAGCAAGAAGUUCUCCGAACACUACAACCAAGCCCAACUCUUCUACAACUCCAUGUCUGAACACGAGAAGAUGCACAUCAUGAAUGCACUUUCUUUCGAGCUCGAUCACUGUGAUGAUCCAGUCGUGUACAAGCGCAUGGUCGAAAGACUGUGCGAGAUUGACCUCGACCUCGCUCGUGGCGUUGCAGAGCAGGUUGGUGCUGACAUCCCCGAGGAGGCUCGUCGUGUCAACACUGGAAAGCGCUCCAAGAACCUUUCUCAAGAGGACUUCCCUCCCAAGAACUUGACCAUUGCAACGAGAAUGGUGGCCAUUCUGAUUGCGGAUGGCUAUGAUGCCGUUGCUUACAAUGCCGUCAAGGCUGCCCUGGCUGCUCAGGGCGCUCUUCCAUUCACCAUUGCUCCUCGUCGUACACCCAUCUACGCUGCUGGCGAGAGCAAGGAGUCAGGAAAGGGACUCGUUCCUGACCACAACUUGGAAGGUCAACGCAGUACCAUGUAUGAUGCCAUCUUCGUCCCUGGUGGAGCCGACAGCAUCGCCACCCUCCGCAAGAAUGGCCGUGCUCUGCACUACGUGAGAGAAGCCUUUGGUCAUUUGAAGAGCAUCGGUGCCACUGGUGAAGCUGUUGCAUUCGUCAAGGAUGCUUGCCAGCUCCCCGGCGUCACUUUCUCCGAGGGCAAUGAUGUUGUCGACUCUUAUGGUGUCGUUACCGCCGCCCAGACUGAGGUCAAUGGCUUCAAGGAAGCCGUAACCCUUGUCAAGGGCGCAAAAGACUUCACAACUGCCUUCUCGUACGCUAUCUCUCAGCACAAGAACUAUCAGCGUGAGCUUGAUGGUCUGGCAAACAUGGUCGCUUACUAG